UCAUUGAGAAAAAUCCACAGCCGAGUGUUUAUUCGUGGAGCUGCAGGCGAUGUAGGGGGAAAAAACUGCGACCACUUAUUUUAAAUCACUCUUCCAAUAACAACUUCACUACCCAGGGUGAACACCGCUGCAACAUGGACGGCUUUUACGAUCAGCAGGUUCCUUUUGUGGUGCCCGAGAGUAAAUGCCACACAGAGGGGGAGAGGAGUCUCGGCGACAGACGGAGGAGGUUCUUGGACACAGAGCUGGCUCAGGACACAGAAGAGCUUUUUCAGGAUCUGAUCCAGCUCCAGGAAAUAUGGAUUGCAGAAGCUCAGGUUCCUGAUGAUGAGCAGUUUGUCCCAGAUUUCCAGUCCAAUAACUUGAUGCUUCAUGGACCGCCUGUCAGCAAAGUGAAGCGGGAGCCCAGUCCAUCCCAAGAUCUGUCCCCCUGUGGGACUCCCCAGACUGAUAUGUGCCUUUACAAUUACAGUGCCUGUGAAAACAAACCGGGACCAGCCAAUGCACCUGCAACACAGUGUAGCUCCAUCCACCCUGCCGGACCCCCACCCUUACGGAGGCAGCUGCAGCCUUCCCCACCUCAAAUGAGCAGCCGAGCUCCAUCUUCCAACCCCUUCCACCGCCAAAACCUCCCGCAGGCCAGCCAAAGCCAGCAGUUUGCGCUGCCGCGUACCCCCAUGGGCUGCUCGGCGGCGGCUUUCAACACAGAGCAAAGGUUCCACCGGCAGCUGUCCGAUCCCUGCCUGCCCUUCCUGCCUCCAGAGAAAACCCAGAACCCGUCGUACCACCCCUCCAGCUGCGACGGCCGGCCUCUGUACCAGCGCCACCUGUCAGAACCCGUCGUCCCCCUCCCUCCCCGCGCUUUCAAGCAGGAGCUGGUGGACCCACGCUAUCCCGACCCGGGGCCAGCCGGUCCAGGUCUGGCCCCGCCCCAAGCCAACUUCAACCACGUCAAAAUCAAACAAGAGCCAAGAGACUUCAGCUUUGAACCUGAGGUUCAAACCUGCCAGUCGACAUUUGGAAAGUCUCCAGUUCUGUUUCAGAAAAACAACGCUGGAUUUGGUCCUGACGGAGAGCCUCUUCGGUACUUUGAUGACACCUGUGUUGUACCAGAAAGACUGGAAGGUAAAGUGAAGCAGGAAGGUUUGCCGUACCAGCGCCGCGGCUCCCUGCAGCUCUGGCAGUUCUUGCUCACGCUGCUGGACAAUCCGGCAAACAGACACCUGAUCGUGUGGACGGGACGCAACAUGGAGUUCAAACUGAUCGAUCCGGAAGAGGUGGCUCGCCUCUGGGGCAUCCAGAAAAAUCGGCCAGCCAUGAAUUACGACAAGCUGAGCCGCUCGCUGCGGUACUACUACGAAAAAGGCAUCAUGCAGAAGGUAAAGGUUGCCGGGGAAAGGUACGUCUACAAAUUCGUGUGCAACCCCGACGCGUUGUUCUCCAUGGCAUUCCCAGAAAACCACAGGCCGAGUUUGAAAGCCGACCUGGACGCGAUCUUGCCCCCCAGCGAGGAGGACGGCUUCCCCCUGCCCAGCUACGAGGACGAGGGUCCGUACCUGAUGGACGGAGGGGAGCAGUGCGUCCAGGGACUGGCUUUCCCCGACAGCUACCCGUACUAGCAGCUGGAACGGG